AUGAAAUGGGCAGACAUCAGUAAGAGUUUUCCUGGACGGAAACCAGAUAGUUGCCGGGUACACUACCACCACCACAUCGACCAGCAAGGUUUCGACAAGGAAAUGAAGACCAAUUUUGCUAAAGCUUAUGAACGGCUGAAAGAGGAGACUUGGACACCAAUCGCCAAAGAAUUAGGUAUUUCAUGGGAAGUCGUGGAAGCUUUGCAUUGGAAAAUGAGCAAAGAUGGUAUUGCUCGUCGCGCCAGUGCCGUCCCUUCCAAGCGCAGGGGGAGAAAUAGAACAUCGUCACCAGUCCCUAGCUGCUCACCUGAGUGCCCAGGAGAUCAAGCGGCCUCGCCUCGCCCUGAUGUUCAACUGCCGCCGUUUCUCCACCAACAUCCGAGCCAAUUGCAUGGGCAGGUUCAACUACCGUCUUUCAAAGAAGUGAUAGACGGUUUCCUGGCUGCAGAGGAUGGAUCGGAUUUAGCUAGCUAA